GACUGCUCGCCCGAUGCUCUUUCAUAUAUCAAGUCGCGUCGGAGCAGUCGGUCAAGUUGUUUGUGCCGUCUCCGUUUUCCGUUCAUUGUGCGGUCCGGCCAGAGCGAGACCUCAGACCAACCUCUGGAGUGGCCCCAAGUGAUCGACAGAAAAGUGCAGACAGCGAACAGCGGACAACGGACAGCAAAAUAUAAAAAUGAAAAUGACAAAUUGGUGAAGGCAACAGAGCGGCGAUUUCCAAUGAAAAGAAUGCCAAGUAAACAAAUAACAAAUCAAUCGCAGAACCCUUACAAAUAACAUAUAUAUAAAAAGAACUCAAGCAUUGCGGAACCUCUGAAGAAGUUUUUGAUUGUGUUACGUAGAGCCCGCUGUGCUCAAAAGCCACUAUGCCAAUGCUGCCGACCAUCGAGGAGGAGGGAAAGCUGUCCUGGCUGCGCCUCAUGUGGCGCUAUCGUCUCCAGUUCCAGUCCAUGGCUGCGGCUUCGAUUGUUUUUGUGGGCUCUGGCAUGCGUCUGGCCUGGUCCAUCUUCGACACACCCGCUGGCAAGUUCCUUAACAACAACAACACACAGAAUCUGAUGAUGAGCUGGUUCAUUGGCGCCGCCUUGGGGGCCCUGCUGGCCGCCUUCUUUGUGCAGCGUGUCACCAAAAAUGUGGCCUAUACAUCCAGUGGCUUCCUGUUGCUCAUGGCCGGCGUUCUGAAUCUGGCACUGCCUCAGCACUUUGGAGCGGCCUGCUACAGCAGUGUGAGUGUGGGUGCCGCCUACGGGCUGACACAGAUACAGGCCCUGGUCACCGGAUCGGAGGUGGCCCACAAGUCCAUACGCGGCAUGCUCCUGAGCUGCGAGCGCAUCUUCCUCUGGCUGGGGGUCUGUGUCCAGGUCUUCUACACGCGGGUCUGGUACAAUCUGGAGCCGCUCCAGCGCGGGUAUGCCAUGCACAUUGAUCAGCUGCACGGCAUACUGUUGGGCGCCUUGGGACUGGCGGCCGUCGUACUGGCACUGGCCCAUCGGCUGGAGUCGCCGCUGCUGCUGCUGCACCAGGAACGCGACAUGGCCGUGGGGGAUACCCUGAAGCAGCUGAACGGCCAGUCCGCCACGGAGCUGGUGCGCCUGCGUGAGGACUGCCACCAGCUGCACAAUGCCCGCGAUUGGGAGCAGUUUGUGGAGGAGCCGGAGGAGAUCCCGGGCUGGCAUCGCUGCGCGCGGCGCGUGCUGCCGCUUCUAAAGGUGCUGCUACUGCGCUGCUUUGCCACCUUGGCCCUGUCCCUGUCCUUCAACCGGGCUUUCCUGGUCGUGAGCUGGCACGGCCUGGAGUGCGACAUGAACUGUCUCUAUUGGCUGGCGUUCGCUGGUCUGGUGGGCAGUUUGGGUGGAGCCUUCCUCGUGGACACUCAGGGACGUCGUAAGCUUUGCUCCCUCUCCCUGUUCAUAGCUGGCAUCAUCAUUGUCAUGGUGGGCGGCGUCUUCGAGCAUCUGGAGUCCGUGAAGAAGACCUUCUACGACAUCAAUCUGCAGGCCAUUGCCUUGCUUAUGCUUCUCUUCGAGCUGAUUGUGUCGGGCGGGGUGGCGGUCCCGGCUCUCAUCUAUACGGCGGAGGCGUUCAGCAUUGCCCACAAGGCGCGCUGCCUGGCCGGCAUUCUGGUCUGCGAGCAGCUGCUGCAGUUGGGCCUGCUGCUGGCCGCCUUCCACCAUUGUCUGACUGACUCCAUCCUGUUCUUCACCAUCGGCGCCCUCAGCUUCUUCUUCGGACUGCUCGUGUACAUGCUGAUGCCCGAGACGAGGCACUUGACGCUCUACGAGUGCCUGCUCAAGUUCAAGAAAGUUCCUUAAACUGAACCCGUAUCCUUAAGGGCUUACACCUAUUCGUAUCCUUAUCCCUAAGUGAUUCUCUGUUAUCUAUGUUUAUGCCCAAUGUGUAUGUGUGUGUGCUUGUUCGUGUCUGCAUCUGUAUCUCUCCCUUUGUAUCUCUUAAGUUGCAUUAACAGCUAUUUAUUGUAGCCCCAGGUCCUUUAUUCAACUAUCAACUACCUUGUAUCCGCGAGCCAAGUUCCCAGGGAAGCUCUACUUUAAAUUUGAGCUUCUUGCCACAAGCUUGCCAGUGCUUUCGGUGUCGUUUCCUAAGCGAAGCACCUCCCACUUAUCACACUCUCUCACAGGAUCUACUGAUGAGUGGGUGCUUCGUUAGCUGGAACUUAUCUUUAAUUGUAAUAAAUUGAUGUAUUGCAUAUCUGA